CCCAGAUGGAAAAUUCAGUAACCAGGGUGGAAAAGGAAAUAAUCUGUGUCACUUUAAAGCGUGACCCUAAAUGUGGAUUUGGUUUUGUAAUCAUAGGAGGAGAAAAUGUGGGGAAGUUAGACUUCGGCAUUUUCAUUGCUUCUGUUAUUCCUGGAGGACCUGCUGACAGAUGUGGGCACAUUAAACCAGGAGGACGACUCAUCUCUGUGAAUAGCAUUAGCUUGGAGGGUGUUUCUUUUAAUAUCGCAGUCAAGAUUAUUCAGAAUUCUCCUGAUGAUGUGGAGUUGAUUAUCUCCCAACCCAAAGACUUUUCUGAAGAAGGACUAAAUGCUGAAAGGAAUCUGCUAAGAAAAGUUGGCAGCACCAGUGAUUCUGAGAUCUCUUGUAUUGACUAUGAGAGACAAAUUACAGAGGACAGCCAAGUAGAACCCACUGAAGAGGAAGGCGUGCCUCCAGACAAUGAACCUGAGAAGCUUCUUUGGCAUAAUGUAACACCCAGGAUUCCUAUUGUUUCCAUCACCAGCCUUGAGUCACAGGAAGGAAUUAGUGCUGGUGUUCCAAAUGGAGAAAUCUGUAAGAAAUCCAUUAUCCCUGAUGAACCUGGUGAUAAGGGCAAUCAAUCGAGGAAAGGUGACAGUCUCUGGAAAGACAAUGGGCUCAGCCUUCAGGACCACACACAAAGGCACUCUAUGGAAAGCCUCAAGAGAAGUGGACAGGUUUCCAAGUUAAUAGCUGCAAGGGAAAGCCAGCUGUCAUUGCCAAAACACCCGAGUCCAGGGAAUAAUGCUAAUAAAGAUAGUCACCUGAGCCAUUCCUUGGCUACUGCACUGGUAUCGGAAGAUCCUGAAAGUGUAUGUUUCAUGAAAGAUGGGGGCCAGGAGCUAUGGCCUUGGAUAUCCUGCCCAAGGUGCCAGCGGCAACUCCCUCACAGUUGCUUAAGCGCUAAUAAACAGGAAGUCCUGCACUUGCUGAGAGGGGCUCCUUCAGAAGUGACACUUCACCUUUGCAGGCCACCAAAGGGUACCCUGCCAGAAAUUGAUCAAAGAGAACUGACUCCACUGUCUUCACCAGUUAAAGAACUUGUGACAUCCCUGGAGCAAACAUGUGGUUUGAAUCACAACCCCUGCAGUGAAGAAGACUGUACCUCACCUGUAGAAUCCUUGAGAAAAGGCCAUGACAAGAAGGUGAUGGAUGUGCAACACUCCCCUUGUAGAGAGCAAAAUGCAAGGAUAUAUCCAUCUUUGAUCAAAAAUGCUUCCCCAGCUUUGCGCUCAUAUAAGCAUCUCUGGAAAGUUCACCAGAAAACCAUCACUUCCAAGACCUUCCUUUCUCUAGAAGAAGAGAUGACACAGGGGUGCACCUCACCAUUAGAACUGGAAACGCCUCAGAGCCCCGUGUUUGACAAGAGUGACAGCGACCAAUCUUUCAAGUACUCUCAAACUGAGAUCCUUUCUUCCACACCAGUGGAUGAACAGUACCUUAUCUCCAAGCCAACAUCCAUCACCCCACUGUUACAUGAAGAGAGAUCUGAGAUGGGGACUUCUGAAGAGCAAGAUGAACUGGGCCCAAGUAUAGUUACUUCAACGAGCAGAGAACAGUGUGUCGGUGACAGAACAUGGGAUGAUCUAGAGGAAGUGAAGACAGAUGUGCAAAAGUGGGGGAAUGUUAGGGAAACCGAGUUCCAUGUGACAUUGACAAGGUCAGUGAACAAGGGGUAUGGAUUCACAGUAGUUGUUAACAAAAUGGAGAACACCGUGCAUAUAGCAGAGAUCCUGGGAGAACCUGCUCUGUCAGAUGGACGACUGAGAAGAGGAGACAGACUCCGUAUGGUAAAGAACCCUCCCUCCAACAAGCCUGGUUAUACUAUCUUUGAAGAGGCUCAGCUUAGCUAGAUACACACUGAAUAGGCUUUCAAAUCCUGCUUCUCACUUUUAGGCAUUGGAUGUUUAUAGGACAAGAGAACAAAAUUGAAACAUAGCCCCUUUUCUCUAUGUUCCUUUGUUUUAGUGCCAACAUUCAUAUUGACACAUUCUUUGAUUUUCUACUUCAUUGAGGAGUUUUUUUAUUUUUUAUUUUUUGCUUUCUACUGAGAAAACAAAGAUAAAGGAGAGAGAUUCUGAUUUCUUAUAUAUGUUUACGAGCAUUCAGCAUUAAAAAACAGCUCCUUGAGCAUUCAGGAAAAACAUCAAAUAAGAAUGUCCUAGAAAGCCAUAUGCCUGCAGAGAGCAUUAAAUUAAGUGUAUAUUUCUGAAACUUCUUUCUUUUUCCAAAUGAGAAAAGGCAGUUUGGUAAACCAUAUUAAACUGGUGGACCUAUGGCUAAAUGCUUCCCUGUGGAGUGCGACUGUUUAGCAUUCUAGCCCCCCA